UUUUUUUUUACAGGUUACAAAUAUAGUACUGCAUAUUCAAGGUGUGUAUAGCAAAGGUAAACCUACACCAAUAUAGAAUAAUGGAUAAGUCCAAGAAAUUACUUAUCCAAUACAAAUGAAAAACAGCUUCCUUCUGAUAAUCUACAGAAAGAUAAUACAAUAUAAUAGUGGAAUACAGUUAAAAUAGAUUGCUGUGUGCUAAAUUCAAUUGCGCUCACUAGAUGGAGACUUGGAAAUUGCCUUAGGGUGCCUCCCAUUGGAUGAUUGGGGGAGUGAUCCAGGGUACCCUCUCAGCUUUUGGAUGAUGACACCACAAAAUGGAAAGAUGGACUCUUAAAAAAUGAAAUAAAAUACAAUAAAAAUGUUCCUAUGCGUUUCAUCUCGCAAGAGACUUCGGCAGGGACACAAUAAUAAAAAUAUAAUAAAAACAAUCCGAAAGCGGCAUAUACCUUCCCUCCCCCACCCCUCCUAAGUCCUUCAUAUAUAUGCCAUCCUUGCAUCUCAUUGGUGGUUCUGUGGGUGUUUCCAAAAAUAUUCCGCAGUUUUGACUUGUCAAAAAUCUAAUUUUCCCAUGUAUUCCUUGUUCAAUUGACCUCAUUUCUGUGCGUCACUUCCGGUAGUCGCGUCUGUAUGACGUGUUCCAAUCGACGGCCAUCAUGCAUUCUAUGCUUGUAAGUUGUCGCCAGGGUUAGGACAUACAAGCUUCUUUCUUUAGUGGAGCAUAAGGAAGCCUUAAAGGCUCAAAAGGGACAAGUGUCAGAAAUAAACAGCAGCAUGUAACUGCAUCAGUAACCAAGUCCCAAUUGUUUAAAUAGAGCCCAAAGCUGCCUGGCAGUAUCUCUCUGGAUAAUUUCAGCUGAUUUAUUAGGGGAAUGGGAAUGUUAUUUUUGUUCCAGGUGUUUCUGUUUGGAACAUAUUAAUAUGACCAGAAUUUUUUUCCCUCUCUAUAAUGCUGUUAUAAAUCUCCUCUCUUCUGUUUGAUUAGUUUCAAUACCCAGAGAGAACUCACAUGCACAAGCCUUGGCUCUAACUGUCUAUGAAUUGUAAAUAGCUUAAAAUCAUCAUAAAACCAAGACAUGUCAAAGCCCUUAGAGUGGAGAGACAGGAGUGGGGACACUUUGCUAAAAAAACACUAUGUACACUUGUAAUAAAUAUACAAACAUAAAUGAACUUGUUCUUCCUGAACUAAAUGUAUAUAUAUAUUACGAGCAAACUGAAUAAAUAUUGUCAGUUUUUCCAAGUAUAGUAAUUACUAUUUCUAUUUCCACUGAUAGGUCAAACCAGGUAUCUACUACAAUUUCAAUAUCACAACCUUAAUGUAGAUAAGUGAGGCUUUAUGGACUAAAUCUCAUUUUGCAAAUUAAGGUAAAAGGGAGUACACCUAAUUUUGCUAGUGAAGGGGAUAAAGCACACAAAACACUCAAUUUCUUCAGUCACCAUGACACCCAAUAGGCGUUUUUCUUAUCUAUUGCAAAAAUAUUGUCAUUUUUCUAAGUAUGGCAAACAAUAAUUUAUUGUAACUGAUUUCCUUUAACCCACAGUAUAUUUCUUUCAGGUGUAUUUGCCUAGAGUGGUACUACUGAAAGUGGUGACAAGAACAGAAAUCUAUGAAGCAAGGCUAUGAAGAAAUCUUUUAAUCACAGAACCAAGGAGUCUAACUUUGAAAAAUCAAGCAAAACAGAUUACCAUAUGUUCUCAAAUGAGAUCGUAAACAUGAACCCCAAACCAUUCUCAUGUUUUGAAUGUGGGAAAUGUUUUAGGGAACACUCCAAACUUCUUAGACAUCAGAGAACUCACACAGGAGAGAAGCCCUUCUCAUGUUCUGAAUGCGGGAAAUGUUAUAGCAGUAACUCAACUCUUAUUGCACAUCAGAGAACUCACACAGGAGAGUACCCAUUCUCAUGUUCUGAAUGUGGAAAAUGUUUUAGCUAUAACUAUACUCUUAUUGUACAUCAAAGAACUCACACAGGAGAGAAACCGUUCUUGUGUUCUGAAUGUGGAAAAUGUUUUGUCUGUAAACAUCAUCUUAUUAGACAUCAGAGAAUACACACGGGAGAGAAACCAUUCUCAUGUUCUGAAUGUGGAAAAUGUUUUCACUAUGACUCCACUCUAAUUGCACAUCAGAGAAUUCACACAGGAGAGAAACCGUUUUCAUGUUCUGAAUGUGAAAAAUGCUUUGUUACUAAAGCACAUCUUGUCUGUCAUCAGAGAUCUCACUCAGGAGAGAACCUGUUCUCAUGUUCUGAAUGUGAAAGAUGUUUUGUCGCUAAAUCAGAGCUUGUCCGCCAUCAGAGAUCUCACACAGGAGAGAAACCGUUCUCAUGCUCUGAAUGUGGAAAAUGCUUUGUUACUAAAGCACAUCUUGUCUGUCAUCAGAGAUCUCACUCAGGAGAGAAACUGUUCUCAUGUUGUGAAUGUGAAAAAUGUUUUGUCGCUAAAUCAGAGCUUGUCCGCCAUCAGAGAUCUCACACAGGAGAGAAACCGUUCUCAUGUUCUGAAUGUGAAAAAUGUUUUGUCACUAAAUCAAAGCUUGUCCGCCAUCAGAGAAUACACACAGGAGAGCAACCGUUCUCAUGUUCUGAAUGUGAAAAAUGUUUUUGCUAUAAGUCAAAUCUUGUUAAACAUUGGAGAACUCACACAGGAGAGAACCCGUUCUCGUGUUCUGAAUGUGAAAAAUGUUUUGACACUAAAUCAAAGCUUGUCCGUCAUCAGAGAACUCACACAGGAGAGCAACCGUUCUCAUGUUCUGAAUGUGAAAAAUGUUUUGUCACUAAAUCAAAGCUUGUCCGCCAUCAGAGAAUACACACAGGAGAGCAACCGUUCUCAUGUUCUGAAUGUGAAAAAUGUUUUUGCUAUAAGUCAAAUCUUGUUAAACAUUGGAGAACUCACACAGGAGAGAACCCGUUCUCGUGUUCUGAAUGUGAAAGAAUUUUUGUCGUUAAAUCAGAGCUUGUCCGCCAUCAGAGAUCUCACACAGGAGAGAAACCAUUCUCAUGUUCUGAAUGUGAAAAAUGUUUUGACACUAAAUCAAAGCUUGUCCGUCAUCAGAGAACUCACACAGGAGAGAAACCGUUCUCAUGUUCUGAAUGUGAAAAAUGUUUUGACACUAAAUCAAAGCUUGUCCAUCAUCAGAGAACUCACACAGGAGAGAAACCGUUCUCAUGUUCUGAAUGUGAAAAAUGUUUUGACACUAAAUCAAAGCUUGUCUGUCAUCAGAGAACUCACACAGGAGAAAAACCGUUCUCAUGUUCUGAAUGUGAAAAAUUUUAUAGGCAUUACACAAGUCUUGUUAAACACCGGAAAACUCACACAGGAGAGAAACCGUUCUCGUGUUCUGAAUGUAGAAAAUAUUUUGUUAUGAAAGCAGAUCUGGUCAGUCAUCAGAGAAUACACACAGGAGAGAAACCGUUCUCAUGUUCUGAAUGUGAAAGAUGUUUUAGCUUUAAUUCAAGUCUCGUUAAACAUCGGAGAACUCACAAGAGAGAAACCCUUCUCGUGUUCUGAAUGUGGAAAAUGUUUUGUUACUGAAGCAAAGCUGGUUUGUCAUCAGAGAACUCACACAGGAGAAAAACCAUUCUCAUGUACAUAUUGUUGAAAAGGUUUUGUCACUAAAGCAGAGCUCUUCAGUCAUCAGAGAACUCACACAAGAGAGAAACCAUUCUCUUGUUCUAAAUGUGGAAAAUGCCUUUUAACUGUCACUCAGCUCUUGUUAUACAACAGCGAACUCACACAGAAGAGAAACCAUUCUCAUUAGUGUUGUUGCGAAUGGUUUGUGGCGAACUUCGGUCAGCUGACACAUCCCGGCCAAUGUCUAGCAGACCCUCCCUCCCACCUCCUGGACAGCAUCCAUGUUGAAGCUGCCUUCAACAUGGAUGCUGUCCAGGAGGAAGGAGGGUCUGCUGGAGAUUGGCCGGGAUGUGUCUGCUGACCGGAGUUCGCCACGAACCGUUUGCGAACAGUUUGCGACAACACUACUUCUCAUGUUCUGAAUGUGGAAAAUGUUUUACUCAACAUUCACAUCUUCUUAUUAUACAUCAGAGAACUCACACAGGUGGUGAGUCUCUAAAAUGUUAUAAUGCAUAGGAAUAAAAGAUCUUGUGUGAAUUGUCUCUUGCUGACACAAUAAAUAGUAACUGUGAUGGUAGCAGUCAAUGUACAUAUGAUGCUAUCAUCCGGGGUGCCUAACCUGCACUGCCAACUCUAAAGGCUAGUUCCCCCAACCCAUGUUAAUACAGACUUCAAGCAUAGGUUAUGUUUACUUCUAUUUCUCUAGGGUUUUUCUUAGGGCAUACAAUGCAGCUGAGACUAUAACUAAUAAAUAUACCAAUUUUGUCACAUUAUCAAAUCAGACAUUCAUAAUUUGGAGUCAAAUAAAGAGCCUUCUGAAAAAUAUUUAAUGAGCUUUAAAAUAUGUGUUGCAGGAUUUGUUUCUUUGUAAUAUUAUCAUUCUUGUAUUAGUUGCAAAUUAAAAGAUUUCAGACUUAUUUCAUACACAGGAACUGAGGCCCUACCUACACAUCUAAUAUUAAUUAUAGUACUUAUGUCCAUUGUAUAUCAAUGAUCAACACAUAUGGUUUUUGUUCAGAUAGAUUGAUAAAGGCCUGCUGUUAUAACCUUCAACCCAGCAUUCCAGGCCAGACUCACAUGUGUAUUAAGAAGGGCCUCUUUCUGAAUGUAUUCAUUUAAACAUAUAUAGUAAUUCCUAUAACCAUUUUUAUAAUGUUUGGCUCUAACUAUAGAUUGGCAGAAUGGGGAUUAAUUCGUGACCCAUUUUACACUUGUUUUAAAGAAUCAAAUAACCUUAUACUUGUGUACUCAUCCUAAUGAACUGAAUUCUUAGACAUAUAAAAGCUUUCGCAGAUAAAUAUUCACCACCAAUACUUUUGCAUCAAAAAUGGAUAUUAACUUGAAGUGCAUACAAAUUGCUGUAUUGGUCCAGAUGUGUGCCAAGAUAUUUUAUUUUCGGAUGGUGUGUAUUGUUUGAAUAAAUAUUAAAAAUUUUGUACUUUAUAUUUUUUUUAUUUUUUUUUACAAGACUUCUAAUUUAAUUCCCAGCUAAUAUUCCUCAAAAUGGUAAACUUUAACUAUCACUAUCUAAGAUAUUAAUAUAUUCCCAAGAUGAGUUGCUUAUCCAAAGUUAAAUCUACAGACGCGAGUAAUACAUACUCUAUACAACAUAAAUAACACAUACAAUAUAUGAGACAUAGCAGCAUCCAUUGAUAAUAGAGAGAUGGGCGCAAUCGAUAUUAUUUCUUUAAUAUAUUAAUUUAACUCGCAACUGUCACGAAC